UGGCGGCGGCGGCGGUGACGUCUUUGGCAGGCGCCAGCCGAGGCGGGCAAGAAGCGAGAAGUGGGCGGAGCCUCGGGAGGGAGGAGUAAGGGAAGAGGGGGAAAAGAGACACGAAGCCGGAGAGGCCCGGCCGGGAUGCUCCUCGGAGGCGCCCAGAGACCAUGGCCCUCCGGAGGCCACCGCCGCCGCCGCCGCACGACAACGGGAGGCGAGACACUUGUCGCCCAAAGGUCUCCAAGCAACUUGCAGCAGAAAAAAGAUAUGCAACAUAUAAUAAAGACUGUGAUUCCAAGAAAAAAAGGAAAGAAGCAGAGAUCUACCAGGCCCUGAGCAGCGAGCCUGUGGAUGUUGCUGCACUCAGGCGCAUGGCUAUCAGCGAAGGGGGGCUUCUGAUGGAUGAGAUCCGCUGCAGGGUGUGGCCAAAGCUGCUUAAUGUGAACACAGAGGACCUGCCACCUCCGCCAGGUGAGGAACUCCGAGAGGACAACAAAGAUUACCAGCAAGUGUUGCUGGAUGUGAGGCGAUCUCUCCGACGCUUUCCUCCAGGGAUGCCAGAUGAGCAGAGGGAGGGGCUGCAGGAAGAGCUGAUUGACAGCAUCCUGCAGGUCUUGCAGCGCAACCCACAGCUUCACUACUACCAAGGCUACCACGACAUCGUGGUCACGUUUCUGCUUGUGGUUGGAGAGAGACUGGCAACGGCCCUCGUGGAAAAGCUUUCAACCCAUCACCUCAGGGAUUUUAUGGACCCAACAAUGGACAACACCAAGCACAUCUUAAACUACCUGAUGCCCAUAAUAGACCAGGUGAAUCCAGAAUUGCACGACUUCAUGCAGAGAGCUGAAGUGGGGACCAUUUUUGCUCUCAGCUGGCUGAUCACCUGGUUUGGACACGUGCUGUCUGACUUCAGACACGUCGUGCGGUUGUACGACUUCUUCCUGGCAUGCCACCCGCUAAUGCCAAUCUACUUUGCAGCAGUGAUCGUGCUCCAUCGCGCACCGGAGGUUCUCGCCUGCGAGUGUGACAUGGCCUCCGUCCACCAUCUUUUAUCGCAGAUCCCACAAGACCUUCCGUACGAGACCCUGAUCAGUCGAGCUGGAGACCUCUUCGUUCAGUUUCCACCAUCGGAACUUGCCCGGGAGGCUGCUCAGCAGCAAGCCGAAAGGACGGCUGCUUCCACCUUCAAAGACUUUGAGCUGGCUUCGGCCCAGCAGCGGCCCGACACGGUUCUCCGGCAGCGCUUCAGAGAGCGGCUCCGCGCGGAGGAGCGGGCAAAGAUGCUCUUGGCAACGAAACCAAGGACCAACCGCUUUGUGAAGCUGGCAGUCAUGGGGCUGACGGUGGCGCUGGGCGCGGCAGCUUUGGCUGUGGUGAAGAGCGCGCUCGAGUGGGCACCCAAAUUCGAACUCCAGAUAUUCCCCUGAGAGUCGAGGAGGAAGUUCCCAGCUUACCGUGUACUGCUUGGUGCGCCAGGCAUAGGCAGCCAUGUCUGCAGAAGGCAAAUUGGGUUUUGGAAGCCCCUGCUCUCUUUCCCGCCCCCCUCCUGCAACCUGCCUUACUAAUUCAAGCCACCCAGGCCUGGACCUGCAGUCAUCCUGCUCUCACCUCCUCUUCGUCGUCCUCCCUGAGCAUCCAGAGCCUCUGGGGAACCUCUUUCAGAACAAGGGAAGUGGCUGCCUUGGCUGCUACAAGGCUAAAGAACCUCAUUUUUUGCUGUGCUUCCUGCCCUAUUCAUGGGCCUGUAGCCUGUGUAGCACUUGAGCAGAAGUUCCAUUCUUCCCUCCGGGUCUUUGGCAAAAUGGGAGAGAAAGAAACAGAAGAAUAUUUUCAGGGACGGUGCUGGUUCUGCAAUAUUAACUGAGAUGGGGUGAGGGGAGAUGAGUCUGGGCCCAGCCGUUCAGAGGUGUCCUCCCCUCCUUUCCCUCUCACCUAUUUGGUUGCCUGCAUUCCUAGAUGUGGAACUGAAGAGGCAGUUUCCGACAAGUCAAAACACUGGGAAUCUGCUUGUUUUUGCUUUUGAGGUCUGCAGCAGAUUGGCUCACGUUAUCUCUCUCGACUGCGAAGCCUGCAGCAGGGGUUGCAAGCAUAUGAACAUGUUUCAUCUUGGAGACCAUGUAGCUGUCACACAGCUAUUUCUUUCAGCUAGGCCCGAGUAGGAUCUGGUGCAUGAGGAGUUACUCCUUGGAACGUGGUCCAUUAUGGCUUUCAGAGUUAUUUCUGUUGCUACCAUCUUGCAAAAUCAAUAGCAGCAGUUUCCGUUAAUGAUCUUUCUAUUAAGGGAGAGAUCUUCCUGUUGUGAAAUUUCGCCCUGUUGCAGGAGCAACGUAGCUGAUGUGAGGAGAAAAGUGCUUUAAAAGAUCUGAGCCACUAACAGAAAUAGACGUAUUGUCCUGCAUGAAGGGUUUUCCAGGAACUGUCCACUCAAUCCAAAGUCCCAGGCACUCCAUAGAUAAACCCCCAUGCACCUCUACCUCCUUCCUCUGCUAAUAAACCCUCACAAGUGUCCUUACCUAAUUUACACAGCUGAGUCCUUUUUCCCUGAUGGCAAUUAUGUAUUCAGUCACCUGUAAAACUACCUUCUCAGUCGGCCAAGCAUUACUGUGGAGGGCGAAGGAAAGUCCAAACCAAGGACCCAACUGCUUGGUCAAACUGGCAGCCCUGAGGCUGAUGGUAAUGCUGCGUUCGCCAACUUUGUCACGUUUGAGCUGACAGCAGAGCACUUGGGACCUGUGGCCUUUUGCUAUCUGCUGCGAUGAACUCAUUCCAACAGCGACGGAAGCCCAGGUUGCUCCCUCUACCCUGGAAGAUGAGCAGACUUGGCCAUUCAAAAGGAGCAGCUCCCAGAGGACGCCACAGUGCCUGGAGCCCUUAACGACACGGGAGCAAGGCCUAGAGCUAACCAGUGCAUGCAUUUGUUUUGCUUUUAAGAGUGCUGGAUUCUGCUGUGCAUUGGGAUUUGCAGAAAGACAGGGAGCAGAAAAACAGAGAGACCUCCUUUUCCCUGUUUGGCCUGCUGGGAGUAUCUUCUCACCAAGCCGAGAACUGACCCCGGAAGGACACAUUGCUGCCUCUCUAUUUGGAAUGUGCUUCCUGCAACCAAGUCAUUCAGCUAUUGGUGUCUUUUGGGGGGAGCUUUUCUUCUGCAGUGGGGCAGUGCCGUUUAGCUUUGGUGGGAGGCAAAUCAACCUGCCACCCAUUGGUUGCGGGCCUUGUGGCAUCAGGAAGCCAUGGGCGUGGGGAUACCAGGAUAUCCCACAAGCAACAGUGAAAAGCAGGGAAGGGAAAGUGUCAUCUUAGUCCCCGGUUGCCAAUGCAGUGCUCUCCAGAUGUUAAACUACAGCUCCCAGCAUCCCUGAGGAAUUUGGGAGUGCAGUACCUGAAACAUCCACAUUGGCUACGCCUUUCUCAGGUGGCCACAGUGUGGAUCGUAGUGUGCCUCUGGAAGAGCAGGGCCUUGAAUGAUUGACACCUGCCGCAAGGGCUGGGGCUUUUCGUUACCGGAUGGUGUGGGAUGGAAGAAACACGUGAAGCAUUAUUUUACUAAGCACUUUAUGAAAAUCAAGGCUAAAAGAGGAAGACUUAGAAGGAGGCCUACUUAUCCCUUGUGGGUUUUCUUCUUUCCUUAGCAGGAAACAGUUUCCUAGCAGGUUCAGACACUUGCCAUUUGAGGUGUAUAUGAGACCUGUGGAAGCUGCAUCUGUAGCCUGAACGAGGCUGGAUGCAGCCUUGGCCCGAAGCUGUUCCGUGUUAUUCAGGCAGCAGAAUGCAGGAAAAGGUUUAAGACAGGCACCCUCUUCCCUCUGCUCCUUGUGGCAAUGAUGGGCUGACUUCUGGUUUAUUAAAAUGGAAGAGUCAUUUCCCCUCCCUCUCACAUGAGCUACCACCAGAUAUAGAUAUGUAUUAAAAACCCCAAAUUUCAGCAGGUCUAGAAUCUGCGGAAACGAAACUUUGUGCAGCGGUGGCGAGGGGAAGCUUUGUUUCAUGAUCAGCAUUCGCCAGCUUUUUAAGCUGAAAGCACACAAAACCAGCUGAUUACAAUUAGCGGAAUCUGCUAGUAAAGUGAGACUGCAGCACUUCAGGUUUGAAUGCUCUCAUAUGCGAGAUAAUAUUCUCUGUGUGUUGAAAACUAGCCUGUCAGGGGAAAGGGUUCAGCCUAGUUUUUCCCCACCCCCCACAUGUGCUUUUUUUCUGCCUGCGGGGAGGACAUCGCCUGAAGCCUGGAGUGAUAACUGUAAGGCAAGCUUUGCCACUUGAUUUAGCUGAAAGUAUAAACUGACCCUUCUUAUCCCAGAGGGAAGAGCAGUACAAGUGAGCGCAAACACUUUGCUCUCCGUUGACUGCAAUGAAGGGAGAAACUCAUGCAUCAAGAAUAAACCACAUGGAAGACCAUCAUGUAUGUGAAGCCACGGGAGGUGGGACUAACCUUUUAUCUCCAUCCUUUUAGCUGUGCAGAGACAAGAGUUAAGCCCCAGGCUGUCUCUUCCCUCUGAUGUGCAUUGCUGCAGGCUGGUGAAUUCGACAGCCACAUAACUCUGCCUUUGUGUCUCCUGCAAAGUCGCUGACUCUGCUUGUGGUAACUGUUGGAAGUCGUGCCGAAGCAGGUGGCCACCAUGAAUGCAUUUGGUGACACGCUACAGUUUCGCCAGGUUCCCUAAAGCAGAGUGUCCCUUGGACUUUGGGGACUGAACCAUUACUGUAGCCUGCCUGCUAACACUAAGAAACCACUGAGCAGCCUCUUGCAUUUUGCAACUAGCCAGGCUUGUAGGGCGGCCUGCUGGUCUACGCAGUUGCAGACCAGUAGCAAAACCAGGUGGUUUAAGUGACACCCAACUGGGCCACUUUGCAUAGACUAGCAGGCUACCUUUGUUGGUGCUCCUUCACGACUCGUGCAGGCCUCCCUGUUGCCAACCCGCAAUAGAUACGGCAACAGGUGUGUCAAAAAAAGGGAGCACUUCCUGAAGGGGAGAGGCAGCUGGAAGAAGAAACAGCUGCUGCAGUUACAAGCUGCAAUGCCAGACGUCCUGGGUCAAAAUCAUGGCCAGGGAGAUGCCCGCCAACUCAAAGCCACCUUCCGUGGGGAAAUCGGUUAUUUCUUUCCUCGUGCAUAAGCGUUCUCUGAUGAAGUUGCUACUCUGUAUAAAGAUUAUACAUAUGUAUGUAAAAUGCAGAUUUGUACGAGGCUUGUAAUUGUGUAAAAAAAUACCCCAACCACCAAAUAAACACUAUACCCACUUACUAAACA